UCAAGAAAGCCAUGUGGCCUUGAUGAUAUAAAAAAAAAAAAUUGUACACAUUAUUCUAUGUUUAAUGAUCUUUCAGAAAACAUAAAAAUUUUGAUCUGCAAGUAUAUGGAUUUCCAUAUAUGGUUAACGGGGCACAGGCCCCACUAUUUUGUAGCAGAGUCUUGCCAUACAUUUUUCACUACCUUUCAGACUAGCUGGAACGAUGAAAAUUUUGGUAUUUAUGUAGUGUCAAUAAAUGUGCAUUUUAAAAUUAAAAAAGAGCCCAAGACACUAGGGGAGGGGGCUGGGGGGAUGUGCCCCACUUUUUUGACCGGAAUCUUGAGAUGGAUUUUUCAGUAUCUUCCAGACAAGCGUGAGCUUUGAAACUUUCAGCAUUUGUGUAGUCCUGAUGAACAUGCUUUAAAAUAGUUUCAGGUCAGACGACUAGAAGGUCCAUGGGGCUGGGGCACCAGGGACCAUGCCCCACUUAUUUUCUCAAAAAAAAAUUUUUUUUUUUUUUUAACACAUUGCUAAACAUUGGUAACAUUGCUUCCACAAAUUUUUGUGAUUUAUAUUUGUUCAAUUUGGUUUUUGAUCAUUCUAUGUUCAAUGAUCUUUCUUAAAAUGGUUUAAGAAAGUUAAUGUUUAUAAGAAUUUUGAUUUGCAUGUAUAAGAUUAAAAACAGUCUAAAAUAAUGGUUUUACUAUUUAUUUUGUAUAAUUUAAAAUUUUAAUUUAAAAAAGAUUAAUAUAUUUUAAUGCUAAAAUGGUAACAGCAAGUUGUUUAAUUAACUUUCAACAGAAAAAAACAUCCUGUCAUAACAUUAUAUCAGUAAAAAAGAAAUUUAUCAAUUUUUCAAAAUUAUUAUUUUAUUUGAUAUUUGCUAAUUCUAAAAUGUUAACAGCAAGUUAUUUUAUUAAAUAAGAACUAUUUACAGUAACAAAAAACAUCCUGUCAUUACACUAGUAUAGAAGAAAUUUGUUGCCUAUUAAAGUCAUCAUUAACAUUUUUAACAUCAACAAAUUGAUUAUAAUUAAACUUUGUGAAAAGGAAACUUUCUUUUUGUCAAAGUAAGAUAAAAGAAAUCAAUCACUAUUUAGUUUUGUAUUACCAUGGUGAUUGCUUAAGUUGCUUUCAUUGAAUUAAUUACUAUUGGUUUCUCAUUUUUAAACUAAUAUCAAAAUGUUUUUAGUGUUACAGUAAAAAUGGAUUCAUGUGAUUUUGGAAAAAAAUUAAAUGAUACUUGUCAUAAACUAAGUUAUUGUAGAAAGAUUGAUUUAAAGAAAUUUGAUUGCUAUAGAGAAGAUGCCAGAGAAGAAUUUAUUUGGAGAUCUGGAAUAACAGAUGAUAAAAUUUUAACAAUCUGCCUUCAUCAUGAAAAGAUUUUUGGUACACACUUUGAAAAGAAGCACACAAAAUGUUGCAAUUUAUUGGACAAGCAUAAAUCAAAAAAAAAAGCAAUCAAAGGGAGUCAUGUAAUAACAUUAGACAUGGCAAAGCAAUUGAGAAUUAAUUUUCCAAAUGUUGUGCCUGGAUAUCACUUUGUCGGAGCUGCUUUGACGGUAUUAUAAGUAAAUUUCAUGAACAAGAUAAUUGUGAAUUUGAGGAAUCUAUUUCAUGUACUACUUCUGAAAAGUCACGAGAGGCAUUAAAUGUUAGUUUGGAAACAAUAGGUGUAUCCCCCAUAAAACUUCAUGGCAUUCCAAAGCAUCAACGGCUAUCUGUUGGUAAAAGUAAAGUUAUAAAAAUAAUGUCAAAGUAUGAAGAGCAUAUUUCAGAAGUAUAUAAUGUUAGGGAAGAAGAACUGAAGCAUAAAAUUCCUCAUACAAAAAUUAUUGACAAAAGUAAAUGUGAUGAUUUAGACAAACUAACAGCAGAAAUAAAAGAAAAGUUAAUUGUUUCUGACCAAAAAACUAAAAUUCAGUUAUUAACAUUUACACCCGAGUCUUGGUCAAGAAAUUUUGCUGCAAGAUAUUUCAACGUCACUAUAUACCAAAUUAAAGAUAUUGACCAGAUAUUGAAUUGUAACAAAAUGUUUGACUACUGUACUAACAAUAUUAAAGGGAUUAUUUUUUUCAAGAUUGAAAAAGAACGACUGACAGAAUUGCGCACCACUUUGAAAACACGUUUUGAGCUAAGUAGAACAAUCCCUGGAACUAGGAGCUAUCAUCAAUUUAAAACAGAAUCUAUAGAUACUAUUACCUUUAAACGAACAAGUGAAGAUGUUCAUAUAACAGCCAUUUUUUCUUUUUCUGGUAUUCAAAGUUCUCAAAAUGAUCAGCAAAUUAACAUUGAUGCCUUUAAAUUUGGUUAAUUCAAUAUGUGUAAAUAUGAUGCGUUUGAUUGGAUUGGUAUGAUCAAUGAAGUUGAUAAUAUAGAGCAAGAUGUUAUGGUAACAUUUAUGCACCCGCACGGUCCUUUUAAUAAACUUUUCUGGCCAUCUAGAGUAGAUGAGUGUUGGGUUCCAAUUACCAACAUAACUUGUAUAAUUGAUGCACCUGUAACAACAAAUGGACGUUUGUAUACUUUGACCGUCAAUGCAUCUAAGCUAAUCUUAGCAUUAUCUUGACAA